AUGUCUAUCUCAUGUGAUGGUGCCUACAAAGGAAAAAGUCAAAAAGCCACAGCUGGCAUCAUAGUGAGAAAUCACAAAAGGGAGCUUGUCGGAGGGAAGGUGAUCACUGUUCCUCCAGUUUCUAGUUUUCUCUCGGAGGCGGUGGCAGUUAAGGAAGCUUGUCUCGUGAGCAUCUCCAUUGAGCUAGUUACUACUACCAUAGAGAAUGAUAAUGCUAAGGUCAAGCUCCAACGAGGACGUGCUCCAUGGGAAAUUGUAGUUAUCAUAGGAGACAUCAAACAAGAUGCAAUAGAUCAUGCCUUGAAUUUUGUCCAAAUACCUAGGACGCUCAACAAGCCAGCAUAUUGGAUAGCAUCAGAAUUUUUGAAGCAAUCAUUACCUAUUGGCUGGGUCAGUAGUCCACCAAGAGACUUUUGUGUGCUCCUUCAAGCUGAUUGUAAUCAAUCUAUUAUUUCCUAA